AUGGCAACCGUUGAAUGGCUAACGACGAGGGAGCAUCACGGGCAUGGCGGGCUUUUAAGACCCCCGUCUGAUGGUUAUCAGGCUUUGAUUCCGUUAACACGAUUAUAUCACCCACCAUCUCCGCACAAAGUACAUCCGAGAGCAGACUGGGUCGUUGAGAAAGUUCGGCAAUGGCUGUACCCGCAUCUUGAGCAACUGGGCGCUGAGAAGCUCAUCAAGGGCAUCGUGAACGGGACAGCGUCCAUGUGCACCUAUCUCUACCCAAACGCCGAUGAUGAAGGAAUCUUUCUCGCCACAGGCUUCAUGACGGUUCAAUUUGUCAAUGACGACAUCUUCGAUAGCGCUGCUAUUCUCAAGGCUAUCCAGGCGACUCCGUCGGGACAACGUCUGGCUAGGGAUCUCCAGAAGCUGCGCGAUACACCGCAGAGGCUGGCAGACGGGAUCGUAUGUACUGCACGUAUAAUGGAGAAUCCUCACGCAUAUGAAGAGUGCUGCGAGAUCAUAUCGGACUUGGAGACACACCCGUACCUUCUGGGAGCUACCCACGAGCUUUCGGCGCGUAUGCAUUUGCGCGGUCGACGGAUCGACGAGAAGCGCUUCGAGGUAUGGCUGGCCAAGUCAUGCGCUUCCAUGAAGGACUUUGGCAAGUCUCAUGCCCUGAUCUACAGUGAAGCCAAAGAUAUGACCGUCGAAGAAUACGCAGGCCAUAAAUUGCGGAAUUCUGGAAUGGUCUAUACCGUUCUCUUCGUCGAGAUGGCCAUGGGUACUUUUCUCUCUGAGGAGCACAACGCUAUUCCACGAAUCCCCGUGCUGGUACGUACGGAGAAGAUUGGUUUAUAUGAGGCUGCGCAACGAGUCGCUGCAAUGUCACAAAGACAUGCCCAAGAGGUGAAGCGCAUCUGGAUUGAGAUUGAAGCCGAGUGCGAUGACGACAGCGAAGAGGAUACUGUUCCUGGAACGUACGUGGCGGACAUGGAGUUGUUUGGCGCAGCGUGUUGGUCUUGGCAACUUCAGGGCACAAAGCGAUACUUCUCCAAGACGUCGCCAUUUGUUGAGCUGCGACUGGCGGGCGUGAGUCUGGAGGCAGAAGCUGAGAAGGCCUAA